AUGCUUUUUAUAGGUAUUCAUAGUCUACUUUUUCGCGAGAACUGGAGCAAAGUUGGUGGUGUCGAAUAUGAGGGAAAUCUGAAAAUAAAAGUGGAAGUUGUUGGAAACAAAGCGAAAUUAUCGGAAAAUGAAAUAGAGCAAAUUCGAAAAAUAGCUGAGCUAAUGGGCAAUCCAACGGAACCGGACGAAGUUUCGGAUGAAAAAGACGAUAGUUCUGAAUCAGACUACUAGUUGCUGAAAAAAUAAUUUAUAAGUUUAUUUUAGUCACAUUGUUGAUAGUUAUAAAUAUUUUUUUGAAAU